CCUAAUUUCAUUUCAUAUAUCUCCACUCUAUCGCUUCUCUCUUUCUCCCCCCACCCUUUCUUUUUAUCGGAAUCUCCACCCUCUCUUUCUCCCCAUCAUCUAUCUACUGAUGGUACCACCAUGUGGUUGACCUUUUUUUUCCGACCAAAUUUGCUGUGUGUGGUGGGUUUUUGUUUUUCUGACUAGAUUCGUUGUGUGGAUGGUGAUGGUAUAGGUAGUGAUGCGGUGGUGGUGAUAAAGGUUGUGGUAGAUUUAGGAUUUUAGGUAUUGGGUAAAUUAGAUUUUGGAUCUAGAGUUUUGGUGGUGGUGAUUGUGCAAGUAGGGAUGAAGUGGUGGCGGCGAUUCUACUAGUCACAUUUUAAUUUGCACAGGUCACAUAUACUAGAUCAGAGGUCACAUGUCAUAUCAUAUGAUUAUAAAUCAGCGUAAACGGGUUACGUAUCAACUUAGAUCAGAGGUCACAUGUCAUAUCAUAUGACAAUAAAUCAGCGUAAACGGGUUACGUAUCAACUUUAACUGGUCUAAUCUAGUCACAAAUCAAACUUACAUAUCUUUGGGCAGUGGUGACAAGUCACAGAUUAAAAUGUACAGGCUAUACAAUACAUACGUCAAAUUGGGAAAAUUGGAUUUUGGAUCAAAUUUCAAUUUCAAUUGCUUAGUGACACAAGAUAAAUUGAUUUAUUGUUAUUUCUUGUUUUGGGAGAAUAAUAAAUACAAUCAUCGGUGGUAUUGCCAACAGUUUUGGUGACGGUAAUGCUUGGUGGAUGGGGUUUUGGUUUGCUGCAUACCAGCUAUCUGAGUUUUGUUCAAGGGACAACUCUUUAACUAUCAAAGAAAUUUUUAGAGCAGCAGAACGUUGAAAAUCUAAGGCUACACACUGUCUCAGAAGCUAAGGAUAUGGAUUCAAUAGAGAAGAUGGUUGCUUAACAUAGAUACUUGUUGGCAAUUUUGGUGGCCGUGAUGCUUGGUAAGUGAAGUUUUGGUGGGUACCGGCGAUUUUGGUGAGUUUUGGUUUCAAGGUGUAAGUGGAGAAGAUGAACAGUGAUUGUUUUUAUUUUUAUUUUUUUUAUUUGGUUCUUUUAUUUUAGUUUUUAUAUGAAAAUGUGGAGUUACCCUUUUGUCCUUUAAAAAUUAGUCAAUAUUUGGUUAGAUUUUUGAUUUUUGAUCAAAUAAGGAUUUCUGUUAAUUUGAAUUCCAGAUACGAGUUUUUUAAAGGUUUGGUACCGUGAGUGUUACAAAUUAAAGAUUUGGGUCAAGUAUGCAUAGAAAGUGAAAGAUUUGGUACUGUGACUGCAAUUUUCCCUAGAUAAAAUCACCUUCCAAUGAGCCCUGUUAUGUGAAAGUAUCAAAGUGAAGGAAAUGAACCGAAAAUAUUUAUGCUGAUAAAAGAAGAGCCAGGGAAAACAAGGUGUUUGGAGUUCAAGUUGUCAUUUAAAAAUAUGAUGUAUUUUGAAUUUAUGAUUUAUUGAUUUGAUGGUAAUUACUAACUAAUCAUCUUAAACCUGUUAGAUUUUCAAUAAUCAAAGUAUGGGAAAAAAUUUCUUCUAUUGUUACGAUAAAUUAAGGUUUUAAAUUUUAAUAUUUGUGAGGAAACAUCCAAGAGGCAGAGGUGUGAACCUGGGCCAUUUUAUUCAUUAGUUGAAGUUUUAUUUCUUUAACACAUCCACUGAUUAUGGCUAACAAUUUUGACAUGGAAACUUUAUUUGGUAUGGCUAAUAUUUUAUUUUGGAAAGUGGCUAGCACACUGCGGCGCGUUAUGUACCGGAUUGACCGAGAAAUUAACAACUCAAAUUCCUACUAUAUAUACCGCCACCCUUUUGAUUUCAAAAACUACAAAUCAGAUUGAGAGAUGCUCCCUGUUUCGGGUUGGGGAUAGGGUUAAAAAUAGGUGAGUCAUGUCUACUAUAUAUACCGCCACCCUUUUGAUUUCAAAAACUACAAAUCAGAAUGAGAGAUGUUCCCUUUGUCCCGGGUUGGGGACAGGGUUAAAAACUCCAAUAACCUGUUUUUAACCCUGUCCCCAACCUGGGAUACGGAGAUUUAUUCAAUAAGAUUCAGAUUCCUUCUCUUACUGUUCCACAAAACAAUACUAUGCUUACCUAUUUAGCCUCCAUUUUCGCUCCUUCUUCCAUCGGAUUCCGGCAACCUCGUAUCUUCCCUUCCACCAAGAUGGAAGCACCGCACAGUAGAUCUCCGAAGUCGUUUUACGAAGUUCUUGGUGUUCCAAUGGGCUCUUCAAGCCAGGAGAUCAAAGAUGCAUAUCGAAAGCUAGCAAGGAUUUGCCACCCUGAUGUGGCUAUCGCUGAUGAGAAGGCGGUCUCCGUUGAAGAGUUAAUGAGAAUUCAUGCGGCUUACUCCGUCCUAUCUGAUGUGGAGAAGCGUGCUGAUUAUGACCGGAGGAUUUUCCGGCCACACCGAAUCUCUGGCUCCUAUUCUGUUACGUGCAUUUCGACCUCUGGUGAUACUACUUGUCGUAAUUGGGAGACGGACCAGUGCUGGUAGUAAUUGACGUGCAGAAGAAAACACAGAAAAGAAGGGACGAGGAUCUACAGUUUUUGGCGAGGUUUGCACGGACGCAUAAGGCCCUAAGAGUCAAUGGAGAAAUGCUAUUUUUAUUUUAUUUUAGUUUCUUUUAUUUUUACUAAAAUUAGGACAUAAAUUGAUGUGAAAUGUUG